GUUUGAAACAUGGCGGACGACGUAGACCAGCAACAAAGUACCAACACUGUAGAGGAGCCCCUGGAUCUUAUCAGGCUCAGCCUAGAUGAGCGAAUUUAUGUGAAAAUGAGGAAUGACCGAGAGCUUCGAGGCAGAUUACCUGCUUAUGAUCAACACUUAAAUAUGAUCUUGGGAGAUGUGGAAGAAACUGUGACUACUAUAGAAAUUGAUGAAGAAACAUAUGAAGAGAUAUAUAAAUCAACAAAACGGAAUAUUCCAAUGCUCUUUGUCCGGGGAGAUGGCGUUGUCCUGGUUGCCCCUCCACUGAGAGUUGGCUGAAACAAAGAAUUUGUCCUGUAUGGAAAACGAGAGACUUUGUACAGUGACCUCUCUAAAAGUACAGAACAUUCACAAGAGAAACCUGCAUACAUUUUGAUAUUAAGAAAUAAUUCCGAGGAUUCUUCCACUCCUGAAAUGAGUUGAUUUGCAGAUAACUCACAAGUUCUUAAGCUAAAUGGUAUUUUCAUUUUUCUCAAGCUCUUCCAAUAAAU